UUGGUCACACUGUGUUCGGCUUUGAUGGGACAGGGGCGAGGUUUCCGACGGGCGGCCACCGGUACUGCCGAGCUCAGCUGGGUGCCAAUUCUGUUAUAGUCCACGUGUCACUAUUUCCACCGCCGGCGCCACUGUCCUCAUCGACCACGUGUCAUUGUGCCCAGACUCGCACCACUUGAGAGAGGUAGGGAGGAAAGGUCUGCAGGCAAAGGAGGGUUGCUGCGCGUCCUAUCUCACCCUAGCGUGUAGCAGCAGCCAUGUUUCUUGCACGUUUCAGUCGGCCGCUGCUCGCAAGAGUUAAGGAGGCCACAAAUAUUGUCGGAUUCGAAGUAGUGCCGAAUGCUAGAGAAGUCUUGAUUAAUCUGUAUAAUGACAUGCUAAGGCAAGUGCAGGUGAUCCCAGAACAAGCCAAGUACAGGCAAGAUGUGGAGAAAGUCGCAAGGUAUCGACUUCGUGUGUGCGAGGAAGAGGAAGAUUGGGAGAAAAUCGAAAAGCGCAUUGGCUGCGGGCAAGUGGAGGAGCUGAUCUGGCAAGCCAAAGACGAAAUGACUCUGAUUCCGAAAAUGGCAGAAUGGAAGCCGUGGGAGGUUCCACCGAAUCAUCACAUUGAGUUCGUUGAGGACAACAGUCCAGUCCCAAAGCAUGUUCCAACACACAUUCAGUAGUGACACCUGUAGCAGCAGCAGGGCAUCACCGGCAGCAGCAACAGCAGCAACAGUCACCCAAUGCUGGGCACCUUGAGCACACUGAGGGCACAUGAGCAAAGAUGUAUGUUAUGGAAGCGUUGGGAAGUUCCAUCGGAUCGGACCAGACCAGAGAAUAGAGUUCACUGAGGGACAACGGCGUGAUCCCAAAUUAUGCUCCUCAACAUACAUCUUUAGCACCGGCGGAAGCGGUGCCAGCAGUGGAAUCAGCAGCAGUAUGAGCAGCAGGUGGUCGCAUGGGCAAAUUUAGUACAUUGGUGUGAUCACGAACGAAGACUGGUGUGUUAUGGAGGGUGUUUGUUUGUGGACGCUUAGUGAAUCCUCCCUGCACGGUGAACUGAAUGCUUACACAACGCUCACUGAGAGCUCACUGAAUGUGAAUACUUACUGAAUCCUCACUAAUUGCAAUGCACACUGAAUGCUUACUGCAAGCUCACUGAAUUUUCACUGUGCUCACUGAAUGCUGACCGAAUGCUGACUGACUGCUCACCGAAUGCUCAGUCCAUGCUUAAUGAAUGCUUACUGACUGAACGCUUACUGAAUGCCUUCUGCGUGACAACUACAUUGCAGAGUGUUCGUUAUUGAUGAAUUCAUUUAGGUUGAGGGAUCAUUCCCAUGACAUCAUAUGAUUUCUAUUUUCACAGGUUGCUACUUUGAAUAUUUUGGCGGUGUUCUGUGUUCAACUGGCCUCCGCAGAAGUGUAGAAAUGGUUUCGGUCUGCGGUAGAAGAGCAGUGGUGGUGAUGCUGGUGACUCGUGGAUUUUCCUGUUGUGGCUAGAGCUUCUGGAGCAAUAUUUGUGCCGGUUUACAAGUUAAGGCAAACUUCUUCUCUACCUUGUGUUGACGCCAUGUCUUUUCUCAAUGCCUAGGCCCAUCCACUGCACAACUUAGGAACUGCCCCACUGAAGGCGGUGAGAGUCCAACAAAAAAAGGUUGUGUCC